UGAUAUCAACUUUCACAGAUCAGCUAUUAUUACUGUGCAGGUUCCUUAAACUUUUAUGAAUAUUAUCAAAUGAUAAGUGUCACUUGAGAGGUAUAUUCAUUUUAUUCUGCCAGCUUUACAUGGAGUAAAUAUGAGAUUUUUAAACCAAGGGAGACAACUUUUGAACAGAGCAUCAAGAGAGAAGUUGCUCCCCUUGCUUGGAUCCUGUAGACUGGCAUCAACAUGGAAUUAUGAGCAUGAGAAGAAAAAUUUUAAACUUAAGGCGCCAACACACUAUAACUUUGCCAGGGAUGUUGUCGACAAAUGGGCAGAAAAAGAAAUGACUGGAGAAAGGGGAAAUAAUCCAGCAUUCUGGUGGGUAGAUGAUUCAGGAAAUGAGCUCAAAUGGUCAUACAGAGAUGUUUCCUACCAGUCUAAACUUGUUGCCAAUGUAUUAAAGGAAGCAUGUAAGCUGGAAACCAAUGAUGUUGUCAUAGUGAUAUUACCCAGAAUACCACAGUGGUGGGCCAUAAAUGUAGGAGCUAUUCGAGCUGGUAUAAUUCUAAGUCCAGGAACAACUCUACUGAGAUCUAGUGACAUAAAGUACAGAAUAAAUGCCUCUAAUGCUAAAUGUGUCAUCACAAAUGCUGAAUGUGCAGGACAUGUUGAUGAGGUAGCAGAGUAUUGCCCAUCACUGCAGUCAAAGAUUAUAGUUGGGGAAGGACAAGUCAGAUCUGGAUGGCAGAAUUAUGAAGAACUGGUCAGAAAAAGCACAGACAACUUUCAGUGUGUAAAUUCAAAAUCAGAUGAUCCUAUGACUGUAUUUUUUACGAGCGGGACAACCGGUGCUCCGAAGAUGACGGAACAUUCACACAGUAGCUAUGGUCUCGGACAUCUAAUUACUGCAAGAUAUUUCCUUGAACUUUCAACAAAUGAUGUACUGUGGAAUUUGUCAGACACAGGCUGGGCUAAAUGUGCCUGGAGCAGCCUGUUUUCUCCCUGGAUUGCUGGUGCCUGCGUGUUUGUACAGGACUCACCCAAGUUUGAUCCCCAGCAGGCACUUCAGAUUCUACUUACCAAACCUAUAUCAAAAUUCUGUGCCCCACCCACUGCUGUGAGGUUCCUUCAAGUAGAACCAAAUUUUUCAGAGAUUAGAAAGCAAAAGUGUCUUAAUCACUGUGUAUCCGGGGGAGAACCAGUGAAUCCUGAGCUACUGGAAGAAUGGGAAGAAGGAACUGGUCUAAAAUUAUACGAGGGAUAUGGACAAACAGAAACAACAUUUCUGUGUGGCACAUAUAAAGGUAUAGAGCAGAGACCAGGAUCUAUGGGUAAAGCUGCACCAGGUUAUGAGCUUCAGAUAGUUAAUGAUGAGGGUAAAGUAUUACCAAGGGGGAAAGAGGGCAACAUUGGAAUCUUGUGUAAACCUGAAAAACCUUGUGGACUUUUUACAAAAUAUAUUGAUGAUGAAGAGAGGAUGCGGAGUGUGUUUGUCGGAGAUUAUUACCUGACUGGAGAUCGUGCCUACAUGGAUGAUGACGACUAUGUGUGGUUUGUAGGUCGCGCUGAUGACGUCAUAAUCUCAUCUGGGUACAGAAUAGGACCAUUCGAAGUAGAAAGUGCAUUAUUAGAGCAUCCAGCCGUACUGGAAUCAGCAGUUGUCAGCAGUCCUGAUUAUAAUAGAGGAGAGGUUGUUAAAGCUUUUGUCACUCUAACUGAACCAUUCAAGAUGGCCGACAAAGAACAGCUUGCUAAAGAGUUACAAGAACAUGCAAAACAAGUCACUGCUCCAUAUAAAUAUCCUAGAAAAAUUGAGUUUGUGGAUACAUUGCCAAAGACUGUUAGUGGAAAGAUACGGCGUGUGGAGCUGCGUAAUAAAGAAUGGGGCAGAAUUGAAGAAUAGUUCUGCUCACAGAAAAUAAAAUAACUCCAUUUUUACAAAGACUAUGUGAAUGGUAUUAUGCAUAAUUUGACAUAAUUUGGUAUAAUUGCAAAAGAUUUUGAAGUGAAAAUUUGAAAUGAUAAAAAAAAAAAUCACAAAAAAAACAAAGCCAUUAUGUGAUUCGUGCCUUUAACGCGUGUUCCAUAUGACGUCACUACAGGUAAAAAUGAUUAUGUUUGGCACUGAUGUUGACAUCAAGCCAAAACAUCUGCAAGAAAUAAUUACCAGAUGUUUGUGGUUGUGUGGCUUGAUAUUAAUGUAAGUGUUAAAAUGAUGAAUUGAAUAUGGCUGCCUAAAAUUGUGGUUUUGUGAAAAGUUAUUAUUAUAUUGUUUAUAUAGUUUAUAUAAAUGAAUUUUUUUUACAACUGUUGAAAAAAUUUGUUGUUAGACUUUUAUUAGACUUAGUUUUUGUAAGCAUUGAUUAUUUUGUCUAGAUUGACAUUUUAAUGACUAAGUCACUUUCUAUAACUGUGUUGAAAUUUAAAAUGCUGUUAUUCAUGUAGGAAAUACUAACAUGUUACAAAAAGUGCCUUACCCCUUGUUCUGCUGAUAAGCCUAUGCUACCAGUGUUGAUAUAUGCAUAAAAAAUCUUUACAUUAUAUUAAUAGAUUUAUUUUUGUACAAAUUUUAUUGGAGGUUGUAAUGCUUUUGAAAUACAUUCACAUUUUCAAAUGUAUUUUUACAAUUUAUAAAUUAAUCAAUAGAUGUUAACUAUGAAAUCCGUGAUUCAGAAAAUUUGUCUGUGAUUUUGUAACCUUUUUGUAUCAAAUCAGGUUUUUAUUCUCCCAUUAUUGUUAAUGAUACAGUAUGCAUACACAUGUUAACAUAUUUUCAAGUAUAAAAUUUUAAUGUUUUUAUAUAAAAUGAAAAAACCUAUUGUACUUAUAUGGUUUUUGUUAGUUGAUUUUUCCAUAAUUAAUAAUAAUGAAUCCUGUAUAAAACUAUGGACAUCCUUGGCAUUCUGUUUUUUUUCCCAGUAUUAUGUGGCUCUUUUCAUUUUCAUGUUGUCAACAUUUGUUUUUAUCCUUUACAGAGUUUUUACUAAAAAAUUAAGUUAAUAGUUCUUUUAAAAAGAUUUUCACUAGAAAAUAGGUUAAUUAUUAUUGUUUCAUGUCCUUAUAAUUGGAUGAUUGAUGAAAAUUUCUUGAAUGCACCCUAUAAUUCAAGGACCAAGCCAUUGUUUCUUUGUGCAAAAAACUUUACAUUUAUUGAUCAGUACUAGUUGGUUUCAGGAACAGAUUUGAGAGUGUGUCUAUGAGCUUAUAGCUUUCUACACAAUCAAACUAAAAUAAUUCCUGAAUAGAUUUAAGAAAUAUAUGCCUAUUUGUGAUUUAAAGGUUUUAAAGCUAUAUCAAAUGAAAUAUUUUUAUAGACUUUAUUAACAAUAACAUUUUUACAACUUCCAUAAUGCUCAAAAGAGUUUUAAAAUAGAAUGUCCCUAUUAUAACAGAAUCUUAUGACCUUGAACAAAAUGUUAUGCUUGCAUUUUCACUGCUUAGCAGAGAUUUCCUGAGUGAUUUACUCACUUUCAAAGAAAAUAUACAACCAUAUUUCUUUCAUAUAAGCAUUUUGGAAGUAUUCUUUAAUCUAAAUUCAAAUCAGUAUUUUUGGCAGAAAGUAUAUAGGUUUAUAUGCUAUAAUAUAUUCCUUUUAUGUAAUCUUGGAAAGUUGCCAAAUUAAUUUUAACAACAGUCAACCAAUGAAAUUUGGACUCGAAUUAGAAUAUGACUUAGACUUAUUCAAACAACACAAAAUUUUAGAAAAUAGAUAAAUCAUGGAGACAUUUUUAGCUUGAGAACUAGGAUGCUGAUUUAGGUUUAACAUUUUGAUAUCUUUUAUUUUAUCCAAAUAGCAAUCUUGUUUUUUAACAGUAUUUAUAACAAAUUUUGACCUGCAUACUUGGUCCUGAAUUUUGAUCCAAAUUUUUAGCCUAGUUAUUGGACCAAAAUAUUUAUCCGAUUUUAUUAUAUCAAAAUUAUUGAUCCUAAUUACCAGUUUUAGAAUAUGAUCCUUAUUUUUAUCUAGAGUAUUUAUAUUAAAUUUGAUCUUAUUCUUGAUCCCUACUCUGCCUUUUAUUCUCAAUAAUGACUUAAACAUUUUAAAGCAGCACGCCUCCAGAUUCAUCCUAAUUUUCAUGAAAAUUAUGAAAAUGUAUUUAAAGGUAAAAUAUUGUGAAAUGAACAAAGAAAGUACUUGACACUUUACAAUCGGCACUUAAAAUUCACUUUAAUUACCAAAAAGAGGUCAAAAUAUGCAUAAAUAGCCCCUACUGUGUUAGUAACGCAGUAGAAAUAUGGUGAUAAAUACUACAAAAUACAGUCAUUAAUUGCACAUAAGAUAUAAAUUAUCACUUGAAUCUUUAAUUCGUUAAUUUUCUCAAAGUUUUAGUAUGUUUUUUCCAAGUUUAAUUUUCUUUAAUUAUUUUGGGUCAUCUGGAGGCAUUCAGCUUUAAAGGCACAUUACGCCUCAGAAAUCCAAAUUUAUUACAUUCUUUAGAAAUGUCAAACAUGUAUUUAAAUUUUAAUAAUGUUUUAAUUAUGGACUUAAAGUAUGUGAGAUGUAAAACAGUUGAAGAAAGUAGCACUGAAUAUGCAGUAAUGUGUAGUAAAGUUUGCAAAAUGUAAACAAAGUAGUAUUUUGACUUCCAUACAAAAUACUUAUUCACUAUAAUUAUACCAAUUGCCAACAAAACAAUAAAAACAAAGAUAGUCCAUGCAUAUGGCAAAUGAUUUUUUUUUUUUUAACUAAAAUAUAGCAAAAUUUAAAGUUUUUGUGGAAUAAAAUG